AAAUAUUCCGCAGGGCCCCUAAACGUAAGAGAGGGAAGCAAAGGGGGCUGGCGUGGGGUCAGCAGUGAGCAGUUUUCCAGGCGGAGCAGGAAGAUCGAGAAGGCAGAAUGGCUAGGUUGGACGAGACCUUGAGAAACGAACUACCGUCGCGUGCCACAUACCAGAACUGGGAACUUUCCUGAACAUUGUUACUAUUCCUAACUCUGCUUCGAGGCGGGUAUCAUCAAACCCAUUUUUCAGGCCUUCCCUUGAAAUACGAAAUCCUCACCAUACGGGGACUCGGAUAUUUCUCUCUCACCCGCACUGAUCCCCACUGGUGACACCAAUUCUUCACUGUCGAGUAGAAACUUGGGACUACAUUUCCCUACAUUUCCCUUCAGAAGGGAUGGCGAGAAGAGGAGGAAGGAGACUUUCCGUUUCCAGAGGCUCGCACUUUGGCUUGUCCGCGGUGAUGCACAUUACUACAGCCCAAGUUCUUUCUCUGUAGCGCUCAAGAGGGGACUACGUCCCCCAGCAGGCUCUGGCGCACAGGUCAAGUGGCUCUGCUGCCAUCUUUACUGUAGUUCGUCCCACCCACUCGCCCCCCUCGUUUCCGCUGGGGAUGACCUUAGCUCCUGGACUACAAAUCCCAAGUCGCCGCCCCCUUCCCUUCGGCCGCCAUCUCGGCCACAGUCCCCGCCCCAGCCCUUUCCAUUGUCUCUGCUGAGGACAGUUAAGGCGGCCGGGAAGACUGCAACUCCCGUCGGGCUUUGCGCCUCCGGGUGUGGGAUUUUGAUAGUAGAGGCGGGCGACGAGGCACUCAAGGUGGCUGAAUGAGGCAACCAGGAGAGGUUAAGUGGCCUGCCAUCUUUAUGGUAGUCUGUUUGUUCGCCCGGUUCCGCCAUCCUUAAGGAACAGUAGAAGGUUAGAAAACUACUAUUCCCAUCGCACCUCAUGAGAUCGACUGCUAGUCAGGUGUACGCCCCUCUUCCGCCAUCUUGCUUGUAGUCCUCGUUCCUUUUCACCUUUCCAUUGUUCCUGACGAGUAGAAAUGGCAGCGGGAAGGCAGCAGAUGGACUGCGACUCCCGUCAGCCCUCGGCGUUGCUGACGCCCCCAAUGUCGUCGAGCAGCCGGGGGCCGGGGGCCGGAGCGCGCCGACGCCGAACCCGCUGCCGUCGCUGCCGGGCCUGUGUGCGAACUGAGUGCGGGGACUGCCACUUCUGCCGAGACAUGAAGAAGUUCGGGGGGCCCGGGCGCAUGAAGCAGUCGUGCCUGCUCCGGCAGUGCACUGCCCCCGUGCUCCCACACACAGCUGUAUGCCUCUUGUGUGGGGAGGCUGGGAAGGAGGACACAGUGGAGGGAGAGGAAGAGAAAUUUGGUUUGAGCCUCAUGGAGUGUACAAUCUGCAACGAGAUCGUCCACCCUGGCUGCCUGAAGAUGGGGAAGGCUGAGGGUGUCAUCAAUGCGGAGAUCCCCAACUGCUGGGAGUGCCCUCGCUGUACCCAGGAAGGCCGUACCAGCAAGGAUUCAGGUGAGGGGCCAGGCCGCCGCAGGGCUGACAACGGCGAGGAGGGUGCCAGCCUAGGGAGUGGAUGGAAGCUGACGGAGGAGCUGCCGCUUCCACCGCCUCCACCCAGGCGCAAGGGCCCUCUACCUGCUGGCCCCCCGCCUGAGGACGUGCCUGGGCCCCCCAAACGAAAGGAGAGGGAGGCAGGGAAUGAGCCCCCCACCCCAAGAAAAAAGGUGAAAGGAGGCAGAGAGAGGCACCUGAAGAAGGUGGGUGGAGACGCCUGCCUCCUCCGAGGAUCGGACCCAGGCGGCCCAGGCCUUCUGCCCCCCAGGGUUCUGAAUCCGAGCCAGGCAUUCUCGUCCUGCCACCCUGGGCUCCCUCCCGAGAGCUGGGAGAAACCAAAGCCUCCUUUAGCCUCUGCUGAGGGCCCAGCGGUACCGUCGCCAUCUCCACAGAGAGAGAAGCUGGAACGAUUCAAGCGGAUGUGCCAGCUGCUGGAGCGGGUGCCUGACACCUCCUCUUCUUCUUCAGACUCAGACUCAGACUCCGAUUCAUCAGGCACAUCGCUGAGUGAGGAUGAGGCCCCUGGCGAGGCCCGGAAUGGGCGACGGCCAGCCCGGGGCAGCUCUGGCGAAAAGGAGAACCGUGGGGGGCGGCGGGCUGUACGCCCUGGCAGUGGGGGACCCCUGCUCAGCUGGCCCCUGGGCCCGGCUCCACCACCCCGGCCUCCACAGCUGGAGCGGCAUGUGGUACGGCCCCCACCUCGAAGCCCUGAGCCUGACACGUUGCCUUUGGCUGCUGGAUCCGACCACCCUCUUCCCCGGGCUGCCUGGCUUCGUGUCUUCCAGCACCUCGGGCCCCGAGAGCUGUGUGUCUGCAUGCGAGUUUGCCGGACUUGGAGCCGCUGGUGCUAUGACAAGCGUCUGUGGCCGCGAAUGGACCUAAGCCGACGGAAGUCACUGACACCACCCAUGCUUAGUGGGGUGGUUCGCCGUCAGCCCCGUGCCCUGGACCUCAGCUGGACAGGUGUCUCCAAGAAGCAGCUCAUGUGGCUUCUGAACCGUCUACAAGGCCUGCAGGAGUUGGUGCUCUCCGGCUGCUCCUGGCUGUCUGUCUCUGCCCUGGGCUCAGCCCCACUGCCAGCCCUUCGGCUCCUGGACCUCCGCUGGAUUGAGGAUGUCAAGGACUCCCAGCUCCGAGAGCUGCUGUUACCUCCACCAGACACCAAACCAGGGCAAACAGAGAGCCGUGGGCGGCUGCAGGGGGUGGCAGAACUGCGCCUGGCAGGCCUGGAGCUGACAGAUGCUUCCCUGAGGCUCCUGCUGCGCCAUGCACCCCAGCUGAGCGCCCUGGAUCUGAGCCACUGUGCCCAUGUUGGAGACCCCAGUGUCCACCUCCUCACAGCUCCUACUUCUCCACUCCGAGAGACCCUGGUACACCUCAAUCUUGCUGGUUGCCACCGCCUCACGGACCACUGCCUCCCGCUCUUCCGACGCUGCCCACGUCUCCGCCGCCUGGACCUGCGCUCCUGCCGCCAGCUCUCACCUGAAGCGUGUGCCCGGCUGGCAGCUGCUGGGCCCCCUGGUCCCUUCCGCUGCCCUGAGGAGAAGCUGCUUCUCAAGGACAGCUAGUUGGGUGCCCCCCACCUUCCCCCAGGACUCAUCAGGAGCCUGGACCUCAGGCCUUCAUUUCACCCCCUGCUGAGAGGCCAGGUUACCCACCUCAUGACUUGGGGUUCCUCCCCAGGGACUGGAGCCAGCCUCCUCUGUCCUCCCCCUGCACUGAUAUCUCUGGGGGUCUCCUUCCCAUCUCUUCCCUCUUCCACCUGCUUCAUUGUCCAUCCCCUGGGGAAGUGGGUCAGAGGUCCUGGGGGUGCUGAGCCAAAGGGAUGGUGGGAGGGGGGUUAAAAGUGCAAGUUGGAGGGAGGGAGAAUGGGAAGAGGGUGUCUGCACACAGUAUACUAGGAGCCAGGGGCCUGGGGGAGGUGGAAGAUGGGUGGGGGAGGGGCAAAAAGCAGAACCACCAAGGGUUCAGGGAACAAAGACCAGAAACUUGGGGGGGGGGAUCAGAGGAGCAGUUGGCAAUCCAGGCAUCAGUGGUACAGGGACCUGGAGAGCCAGCCUGAGGGACAAGAGUGGUUGUGGGGGCAGUAGCAGUCCACUGUGGGGGUCACCUCUUCAUCCCUCUGCCCAGAUUUCAGUUCCUCCCCUCACCCCCACCCCUGACUCCUUGAACGUCACUGAAAAUGGCAGCUAUUGCGAGGAGUGGGGCUGUGGGCCUACCUGCGUUCAGCUCUUGGCCCAGGGGAGUGGUGAGGGAUACCCCAGCCCCUGCUGCCUCUCCGCACAAUACUUGAACAUUCAUCUGUACUGAAGUGUUACUUGAACCGGGGGAACCUUGGACCUGGGGGAGCCGGAGUGGGAGGAGACAAGACCUGCUCGGACUGAGACUGAACCAGUGGUGGCACCCAGUUUGGAUUGUGCCACCCCAGCGCUCUAGCAGUUCCACCUCACCAGACCUGAGUUGGGGGUGGGAUGUGUCAGCCCAAGGAUGGGGAAGAUGGGACUCCUCCAGUUUGGCUCUUCCCACUGUUUCAUCGUCAUGGAAACAUGUAACCCAUUUGCCCAGGGAACUGCCACUCCUGGUUGCCAUGGAAACCGCAGCCAACGGACACCUCCCUAUGCCAGUGCUAUGGCUGGAAAUGGCCCCCUCAGUUGCCAUGGGAACUUAGUCACAGAUUCUCAGCCUUUCUCUUACCCACCCCUUACUCUGUUGUAGAGGUGGGGUUUCUGGGGGGGCCAAGGGGGAGUUGGGGCCAGGUCCCGCCCCCUUGCUCGGGUUUGGAGAAACCCGGGUUGUACCGUGGGGGGAAUCUAUCCACAUACCUCAGGUAACGGGGAGGCAAGAGGGUGGGGGGAGGGACUGGGCGGACCAAAGGCCGGAGGGGAGGGGGCCCUGGGGACGGCAAAAUGCUUGAAGAGGCCACUUGUGGGAGGGGGACAAGGCAACCCGGCACAAGGGCAAGUAGGGGACCCAGCCGGGUUGGGCCCCUGGGUCCCGGGUCUGUACAAUGUGGUUUACUAUAAAACUCAAACUUCCAGCCGGGA